AUGGGGAGGCGGAAGGAGCGCCGCCUGGCGGCCAAGGCGGCCUCGGGCCGCAGGGUCAAGCUCGACCUCUUCCUCGAUCCUUCCCCCGCUAUGUCACAUCCCUCGUUAGAUAAAUGCUGCUGCUUAGCCCAAAACAAGGGUUUGGUUAUGGAGAGACCUGAUGCUUACUGGGUUCUGCAUUUGCUCUACAUUGCCCCAACUGAAUCAACAGAGGUGAUGUAUGACAUCACCUCAUGCGAUAUUGCCAGUUCUGGGGAGGCAUCUAUGAAAGAGGGAGUAGGAGAGGAAAACCGUGGGCAGCAAACUGGUGUUCCCACUUCACCAUCUUCGUCAGAUAAGAAGGAAAAUCCUCUAGCGUUGCUUGGGCAAUAUAGUGAUGAUGAAGAAGAGGAUGAAGUAGCAACAGAUCAACCCAUUGGUGAAACUAAGGGGAGCCCAACAGAUGCAAGUGCUGAGAUUGGAAGGAUUAAGCACCCGUAUGAUUCUCUUUCAAGUAUAGUAUCUUUUCUUAGAGAGAAGAUUAUUCAGAUAAGAAGUUUGAGCUCAGGUCGUCUUGCGAUGAAAUUUGUUCGCUUGUUUCAGGUUAUUCAUGAUCAGGGUGAUAUAACUGGGGAUAACGGCGAUGCAGAUAGUGAACUGCCUGCUUCUGAAUUUACUGUUGCCCCUGAUCCAACUCUGGAAAAUGAGUGUGUGACAGCAAUGGAAGCUGUCCCAGAUUCAUCUGGCAUGCAAAUUGUUGGUGACAUUGGUGGGAAUUGGAAGGCUAUAAUGCAUGAACAGAGUAAUCAGUGCUACUACUGGAACACAGUUACAGGAGAAACUUCUUGGGAGAUUCCUAAUGGAUUAGCUUCAGUAGUUGCUGCAGAUGGAGUCACUUCUGCAUCUGUGCCUACUCAUAUGGGGUACUCUGUCGAAGCUCAAGCACAUGUCCUUCCCCACAGUAAUGUCGAAGCAUAUCCUAGUGACGUGUCUGUUGGAAAUGGCACAGCAACCAAUACUGCUAUGGGAACUUAUACUCAUGAUCCUUAUGCUUACACUGGAGCCGUUGCUAGUCAUGAGACAGUGGACAUUGACCCCUUGCAGCUUGCAAAAUAUGGUGAGGAUUUACUGCAAAGAUUGAAGCUGCUGGAAAGGCCACAUGUUGCCAUUGACAGUCUUGAGUUGAUAAAAAGAGAAAUUGAGAUACGAAUAGCAGACUGUAAUGCCCUCUCCUCGUAUGGAUCUUCUUUACUUCCGUUGUGGUUGCAUGCUGAGGUGCACCUUAAGCAACUAGAACUUUCAGUUUCCAAGUUUGAAGCUAGCUACACCACCAAACAUGGAUAUCGGGAGACAGUGGAUGCAGGACACAAAGCACCUAAUGAAGCUGAAGUUAUGGCACCCUCUGAGGGUGAGCAUUUGAAGGUUGAUGUUAGCACUCUGGGAAUAGGUACUGGCGAUGAAAAUAUUAAGGUUGAGGAACCAUGUACAACAUCAUCUGUUCAGAACUCACAAGGUGUGGCAGCAGCUAUUUUAAGAGUUGAAUCAGAUAGUGAUGAAGAUAUGGACGUGGAAAUGGAGGUCGAUGAAGAAGGUGUUGAAGAGCAGGGCGGUUCCACUUCUAUGGCAAAUAAGGAGCAUCCUUCAUCAGAGCAAGUGCGAUCACCAGCUUUGUCAUCAUUGGAGGAUUCUGCUCCUCCCCCACAGGAUAAUGACAUUCCUCCACCACCACCACCAGAAGAGGAAUGGAUUCCACCUCCACCACCUGAGAAUGAACCAGCUCCUCCACCUCCUCCUGAGCCUGAAGAGCCCGCUGUGUCAUUUGUUAAUGCUGAUACACUUCCUCAGCCAUAUGGAGAUCAAGCAAACUUGGGUUAUACGCUUCCAGGAAUGGAGUACUAUCCUGCUGCUGGUACAGAUGGCACCAAUGCCAACUACUAUAUGCAAGCAAGCGAUUCUCAUAUUCUUCAUUCACAGCAGCAUUCUUACUAUGCACCAUUGUCUGCAAGUGGCGUAUCUAUUCCUGUUGAGACCACAUCCAUCCCCCCAGUACCAGGUUCUUAUUAUAGCUAUCCUUCCGUCACUAUGGCUGCCACUGAAGUAGCGGUUGAAUCUUCUGGAUACUAUGCUUCAUCAACCUCUGCCAUUUCUAGUGGUGAAUUAGAUAACAAAACAAGCUUGGCCUCCCUUGUUGCAAAUAGUAAUGUGAAUACUGUGGAGUCUGAUAAAGUGAUAUCCAAGGAGCCCACAGUUGCGUCUUUGAGCCAAUCAGUAGGAGCAGUAUCUUCAGGACCAACAGUACAUGGAAGUUCUACUCAAGCUUCUACUAGCUCCACUAAUCAGACUAAAGUUCCUCGUACUAAGAAGCGACCUGUUGCUGUUGCAUCAUCACUGAGAUCUAAUAAGAAGGUCUCAAGUCUGGUGGAUAAGUGGAAAGCUGCAAAGGAGGAGCUUCGUGAUGAAGAGGAAGAGGAGCCUGAAGAUGCUUUGGAGUACCUAGAAAGGAAACGCCGGAAGGAAAUAGAUGGGUGGCGUAAGCAACAAAUAGCUAGUGGAGAAGCCAAGGAAAAUGCUAAUUUUGUUCCCCUUGGUGGUGACUGGCGUGACCGUGUAAAACGCAAAAGAGCUGAAGCAAAGAAGGAAGCAAAGACUGAACCUAUUCGUGCAGCUGCCGAACAACACAAAGGGGAGCCUGAUCUCUCAGAGCUCUCCAAGGGUUUUCCUUCUGGGUGGCAGCUAAAACAUCCAGACUGA